AUGGCGCUAUGGGAAGUCCUGACUGUGACCCUCCACUGCUGGAUCAUCGCUUCAGCCAGCCUCGCUGAAGAUGGCCCCGGAGGACCCCUGGACUGGCUGCUCUCUGAUAAGGGCCCUUUCCACCACUCCCAGGAAUACACUGAUUUUGUGGAGAGAAACAGACAGGGCUUCUCCACCAGAUACAAGAUAUACAGAGAGUUUGGGCGCUGGAAGGUGAACAACUUGGCCGUGGAGCGAAAAGACUUCCUGGACUCCCCCCUGCCCCUCACUCCCGAAUUUGUCCGAAACAUUCGCCUCCUGGGCCGCCGCCCCACCAUGCAGCAAAUUACUGACAAUCUGAUCAAGAAAUAUGGGACUCAUUUUCUUCUGUCAGCCACACUGGGAGGAGAAGAGGCUUUGACCAUAUUUGUGGACAAGAGGAGGCUGAGUAAGAAAGCAGAGGUGAGUGACUACACCAGUAACAACACGGCCGUGACUCUGGAGGCCCUGCACCAGUUGGCCGCCUCUUACUUCAUCGACCGGGAGAGCACACUGCGCAAACUGCACCACCUCCAGAUCGCCUCCAACGCCAUUAAGGUAACUGAAACAAGAACUGGCCCUCUUGGUUGCAGUAACUAUGACAACCUCGAUUCUGUGAGUUCUGUGCUGGUUCAGAGCCCUGAAAACAAAGUUCACUUGCAAGGUUUGCAGGUCAUUCUGCCAGACUACCUCAGAGACACUUUCGUCCAGGCUGCCCUUAGUUACAUUGCCUGCAACGGCGAGGGGAGUUUUGUCUGCCGAGACAACGACUGCUGGUGUAAGUGUGAUCUGAAAUUCCCAGAAUGCAACUGUCCUUAUAUGGAUAUCCAGGCCAUGGAGGAGAGCCUGCUUCGGAUUUCAGAGUCAUGGGCGACCCUCUAUAAGGAAUUUGAGGAGUCAGAUGAAUUCAAGAUGUUCCUGACAAGGCUGCCCCAGAACUUUUUUCUCAACACUUCGACAAUCCAACAUUUGUGGUCACUGGACAGCGUGUUUCAGAGACGCUAUGAGCAGCUGGAGGCUAGCAUGAAAGGGUUGUUUCGCAGAGCUCAGAGAGUGGUGUAUAAGCUCUUCAGCCUCAGCAAGAGGUGCCAGAAACAACCCCAUAUAAUCCUACCUCGCGAGAGGCCACAGGCAUAUUGGCUGAACUAUUUACAGUCUUUGCUCUACUGCUCAGAGAACAAUCAGCUGGGCUCAUUCUCCGAGGAGCUGCACACCUGCAUAUGUGCGUACGACCACAGUUCCUGCCAGGUUCCUACCCCGUGCUCUGUGGGUGAGGGACCAGGCUGUGCCACCUGUGCCAGCGACAACCUCACCCGGUGCGGCAGCUGCAAUGUGGGCUACAUGCUAAGUCAAGGGAUUUGUCGACCCAUGGUGGCAGAUUCCACGGAGAACUACUUGGGAUUUGAGACAGACCUGCAGGACCUGGAGCUACGCUACCUUCUCCAGAGGGCUGACCGUCGCCUUGAAGUCCACGCCAUCUUCAUCAGCAAUGACAUGCGCCUGAACAGCUGGUUCGACCCUUCGUGGAGGAAGAGGAUGCUCCUGACACUGAAAAGCAACAAAUACAAGUCCAAUCUGGUGCAUAUGCUCCUGGGGAUCUCUCUUCAGAUCUGCCUAACCAAGAACAGCACCCUGGAGCCCGCCCUCACGCUUUUCAUCAACCCCUUUGGAGGCAGCCAUUCGGAGAGUUGGUUAAUACCAGUUAAUGAGAACAGUUUCCCAGACUGGCAGUCCACCAAGCUGGACUUGCCCCUGGAGUGUUUUAACUGGACCUUGACUCUGGGCAACAAAUGGAAGACCUUUUUCGAGACUAUCCACAUUUAUCUGAGGAGCCGUAUCAAAACGGUAGGCACAGGAGGCAAUGACAGCGUUUACCUGGAACCACUGGAGAUGGCAGACCCUUCUAGAAACCUGGGCUACAUGAAGAUUAACAGCAUCCAGGUCUUUGGUUACAGUAUGCACUUUGAUCCCGAGGCGAUCCGAGACUUGAUCCUGCAGCUGGACUACCCGUACACUCAGGGCUCGCAGGAUUCGGCCCUUCUGCAGCUGCUGGAGAUCCGAGACCGGGUUAACCGUCUCUCCCCGCCCGGCCAGCAGCCGCUGGACCUGUUUUCUUGCCUGUUACGCCACAGACUCAAACUCACCGCCAGCGAAGUGGUGCGCAUCCAUGCAUCCUUGCAAGCCUUUAGUGCUCGGCUCCCCAAUUCUCUGGAUUAUGAGACAACUAAACUGUGUAGCUAA